AUGUUAGCACAUAAUUCAAGUUUUAUAUGCUAUUAAUUCUUAGGACAGGAAGCAAACACAGUGGUUAGCAGCCAAAGGCUGUAACAGUGAUUUCUAACUGGCUGCAGACAGCUUCAGAAACUUGACUUACAAGGCAAAUGAUGACUCUAAAAGUCUGUCCAAGUCUUUUGCUAUUAUUCAUAGUCCAUUCUGUGUGGACUCGAACUGUGAGACAAGUUUAUAGUGAACUGGAUCCUGAGCAUUGGUCUCACUACACUUUUGAGUGCCCACAAGAGUGUUUUUGUCCUCCUAGCUUCCCCAAUGCAUUAUACUGUGAUAACAAGGGACUUAAAGAAAUACCUGCAAUCCCAGCAAGAAUUUGGUACCUCUAUCUUCAAAACAACCUGAUUGAAACAAUUUCAGAGAAGCCUUUUGUUAACGCCACUCAUUUGAGAUGGAUAAAUCUGAACAAGAAUAAAAUUACCAACAGUGGAAUUGAGAGUGGUGUGCUCAGCAAGCUGAAAAGGCUUUUGUACUUAUUCCUUGAAGACAAUGAGUUGGAAGAGGUGCCAGCUCCAUUACCUGUGGGCUUGGAACAGCUAAGGCUGGCUAGAAACAAAAUCUCCAGAAUCCCAGAAGGAGUCUUCAGCAAUUUGGAAAAUCUCACUAUGUUAGAUCUGCACCAAAAUAAUUUGUUGGACAGCGCUCUUCAAAGUGACACCUUCCAAGGACUCAACAGUCUUAUGCAACUCAACAUAGCGAAAAAUUCCCUCAAAAAGAUGCCUUUAAGCAUUCCAGCUAACACACUGCAGCUGUUUUUAGACAACAACUCCAUUGAAGUUAUCCCAGAAAACUACUUCAGUGCAAUACCCAAAGUGACUUUCCUUAGGCUGAACUACAAUAAAUUAUCUGAUGAUGGCAUUCCCCCAAAUGGGUUUAAUGUUUCAUCUAUUCUAGACCUACAGCUGUCUCAUAACCAGCUCACUAAAAUUCCACCAAUCAAUGCUCAUCUCGAGCACCUUCACCUUGAUCACAACAGAAUCAAAAGUGUCAAUGGUACUCAGAUAUGCCCAGUCUCAAUUGCUGUAGCAGAAGACUAUGGUCUUUAUGGUAACAUCCCCCGCCUUCGUUAUCUUCGCUUGGAUGGAAAUGAAAUUCAGCCUCCAAUUCCUUUGGACAUCAUGAUCUGUUUCCAGCUACUUCAGGCUGUUGUCAUAUAAACAUGAUGCUAUUUUAUAUAAACAUAAUGCAUAAUGCACUCUUGUGCUGUGAGAAUGCUAAGAUACAAGUUUUGCUGGAAUGAAACUUGUUUAACUCAGAAAUGAAGAACAGAUUUAUUUUGACUCUACUUCAUUCUUUGCUUGCAUCUUUUCUGCAGCUGAAAAGAUUGUUCUUCUUUUAGAAGAGAUUUUGAAUCUACAUAAAACAUUCUUAACACUUGACCUAAGAAUUCCUAAUGCAAAUAUGUAGAAAAUUGUCAGUUGUAAUUUCCCAAAUAUUCCAAAGCAAAUUCUUAUUUACUCUAUCUUGUCAAAUUCUACAAUGUUUAUCCUAUUUAUAUCACUGGUUUAGACAAGUUAUAUUACCAUGUAUUUGUUACCUAGUAACUAGCAUAAAGAAUUUAGGUGCACUCAGCUAAAUACUUGUUAGAGAAAUCACAUGUAACAUGAAUACUAGUUUAUCAGAACUGUCACUGUCUUUUUUAACUGCCUAACAGUUAUCAGCCAUUUCAUGUGCAAAUAACUCAUAAAUUGUCGUCCUGACUGAUAAUGAUAUUUUUAAGGCAUGAAAUAUGUGAGACUCAGGAUCCAAAGCAUCAUACUGAGUAUUUAUUACUUGAUAGACUCAAUCAAUGUAAGAUUUCAAAAUUGAAGCUGGACAAGGCAUACAGGAUAAAAUCUUGCUCUAUCAAAGUGCCAAUUUUCUGCUGUUUCAUUCUUCAGUAUUGCAUUUCUAAUUUUGACACCAUUUCUUCCUUCAUGGCCAUUGAGUAUUUGGUUCAUAUUUUGUUUCUAUAGAGACAAAACCAAGAAAAGCAAUGAUGAUCU